UCAUGUAACAUGACAACACGGAAGUGGCCGUGAAAUGUUACUUAACCUAACGGUUGUUACAUUGUUACAUAGCGCCUGUGACUACAUCUUCUUUAUCUUAAUGUUAUAAAACGUCUCUGACGUAAGAAUAAAUACUGCAUUGUUUUCUGAGAUCUCGCGCAUUUUCUGAUUUUAACUCGAACCAGCGAACAGUCGAGAUGCUAAAAGCAAUCGGCCAAACUUUCUUUUCAACUGGACUGCAGCACCCUAAGUUUACUCCUCGAGAGAGUAAGGGAGAUUAUGAGAUCCGCACUUACCACACAACUCAGUGGGUUAGCACAGCUGUCAGUGGCAUGGAGCAGGACCCAGCCCUCAGCAUAGGGUUCAGAAGACUCUUCAAAUAUAUCCAGGGAACUAAUGAAAAGAAGUGUAAGGUGGAGAUGACUGCACCUGUGAGCUGUAAGAUGGAACCUGGGGCUGGGCCUGCCUGUGAGAGCACCUUCACUGUGUCCUUUUACAUUCCUGAGGAACAUCAGGCUGACCCACCCAAACCUUCCGAAGCAGAUGUUUUUAUUGAGAACAGAACAGAAUUUACGGCAUUUGUUAGGACCUACGGAGGCUUUGCUAACAGUCAGAACAGCCACGAGGAACUUCAGAAACUGAUCGAGAGCCUCAAUAAAGAUGGAAUGAAAUUCAAGGAGGCCCCAUAUUUCAGGGCGGGGUACGACAGCCCCUUUAAACUGACCAACCGCAGGAAUGAGGUGUGGCUCAUUAAAGAUGAAGAAUAAAAAGCAUUUGGGUUAAAGCAUCUGAAGUGAAAAGGAGGUCAAUUUGUUUAAUAGUUUAACAACUAUUAAUGUAUAGAUACUUUUUGUUUACUAGUAUGCACCCAAAGUGCCUGAAAGGUUUUAUAUGAGAAUUUGACAAAGUACUGAUAUAGCCUUUCUUAUAUCUAUUACAUGCUUUGUUACUUAAAAUUAAUCCUGAAAUCAUAACGUGAAGAGCAUGUUAAAAUAAUCUUGAAUGUUUAAUAACCUUUAAGACCUGAAAUACAGACUACAUCAUUUUUACACUAAUAAUUCCUAGAAGAGGCAAAUCUUCACUUGGAGUUUUAAGGUUCUGUCUGCAUCCUGAGCAGUUUUGAGAUAAGAAGCUUUAAAGUUUUUGCAUUCCAUUUGACUUCUGAAUACAAAAAGGUUUUAUAUACAAAGUCCAAAAUGUACACUCACACAAUGUAAAUAAAUUGUCACAGAAUUUUUGAAUAACUCAAAUUUGACAAAAAUGUCUGAUAGAACAUUAUAAUUCCAAGAUGACGAAGUUCUGUGUGCUGACUGGUGUUUUUUAUAUACAGUGAAAUAAUGUAUAACCUCAUUUGCACAUGAGCCGUUUAUGUUGCACUAAAUAUCUGAACAUGUAAGGGAAUCAUGUAUUUAGGGGAUCAGUGUAUUUAACUGUCAUUGGUCUGUUUGUAGUUUUGAAGCUGGUUGGGUUUCACACAUGA